AUGAAUAUUUCAUUAUGGAUCAGCGUUUUAUUUUUUUGGAUAUUUGCUUACUCGGAGAUUGAAAAAAUAACACCAAUGACAAUAAUUCACAGAAACACUAAAAAAGAGGUCAUGCUAAAAUCAUGGUUUCAUUUAAUAAAAGAAUCCAUGGAUUUAAUUAAAAAGAUGUAUAAUAUAAAAGAUACAGAUUUAGAUGAAAAAGAUUUAAUAAUAUGGUCUAGUGGAAAAAUAAUGAAUAAAAAACUUUUCAAAUUACAAACUUUUAGGGAAGACUCGAAUUAUAUAUAUUUGUUCCUGUCUACUAAGAUCACAGAGGAGCACUGUCUUACCAGGGAAAAUAUCUACAAUCAGAUAAUUGGAAAAAUACAAAAAUACAAAAAUAUAGUUACAAAAUAUUUUCAGGGAAUUGAUAAUAAUGAGAAUCCAGAAUGGGGAUCUAUGCAAGAAUUAUUAACAUUAUUAAUAAAAUCUAAAGAGUUAAGAAAUCUUUUAAUAGACAUAAAAAGAGAAGAUAAAAUUGAAUCAGCUCGACAAAAAAUUCUUCAACUAGUUCAGGAAAAUAAAAAUUAUGUAAUAUUUUUUGAUAUAUUAAAAAGAAAUAGAAUCAUUUAUAAUAUACUUGCUAAUGCAAAUCAUUGGAAAAUAUUUGUAAAUUCUAAUUUUUAUAACAUCAAAGAAUUAAUAAAUUUAUAUUACCCUAAUCAGGAUGACAGUUAUUUAUAA